AUGAGGGAGGCUCAUCAUGCAGCACGUACUGCAAACUGCAUGGUGGAGGCCGCUCUCCUCUGGGGAGCGCUGACGCUGUGUCUGGCUGCGAGGCAUGUGAUUGGAGAAAACACCGGGAGCAAAGGCAUGGCAGGGAUGGAGGUGAAGGAGAUGCUUUCACAGCAGGAUUUAUGUGCAGGAGUGCAAAGUAAACGUGACUUACAGUGGGGUCAGCUGUCCAGACCUUACUCCUCCACGGACCGAAGCAGUUCCCUGGGCUCCAUGGAAAGCUUGGACACACCAACACCAACACCGCAGACAUACUCUGACUCCCAUAUUUCCCCCGUCGACCCCACCCUCUUCAACAACAAAAGAGACUCUGCCUACAGCUCAUUCUCCGCCAGCUCAAACACAUCUGACUACGCAACGGUGCCACUAAGGCCCGGUGAAGCCUGCUCCAUGGAUAACCUCCUGCAGGGGCUGGGGCCAUCUUGUCAAGGCUACCCUGUCGGUGAUACCUCGACCCUGGGGAGUUCAUCUAGCGAGGCCCCGGAUGACUUGCAGCUUAUUGUUCUCAAGUCCAGGUCGCUCACCAGGCCGAGAUCUAAAAACGUUGAGAUAAAAGAGAGGCCUUCCUCCUGUUGUUAUGAGGAAGAGCGGAGGGGAGGAGACUUUGAGAUCAUAAGAAAUGGAAAAAAAGCAGCUGAGAGAAAGAUGAACCCUCCUCAGCCUCCGACCAGGACGGACAGUUUUAGGGCAACUCGGAGUCGCCCGAACGCCGCCAACAAACGUUGCGUCUCUGCUCCCAUUGACAUUUCCAGCGUUCCCUUUUACCAGGAAGUAAAGUCCUCUCUGAAUGUUGAAUCAGGAAUUCAAAACGGCUUCCCUGCACCGGAGGAAUGUGGUGAGAAUUUGAAAGAGGAUACCCCGAACUCGCACUAUAUCCAAAGACAGACUGAAGAAAUUAGACAUAUCAGAUGUGAUAUCAGUGCUAAUAAAGACUACAAUACAGAAACCACCUCAGACACGUCCUCCCCAGUCCCCAUGACUUCUCUUUGUCCUUCCUCCUUACCUGCCGAAUCCUCCAUGGAGGUUCAAGAGCGAUCUCGUAUCACGCACUCAGAGAUCAAGCACUCCCCGACGGGGCUUCACCGGCACAGCGCCCCCGCUAAACUCCUCGCUACACAGCUCCAGUUAUUGGACUGUGAAAGUGACGCAUCUUCAUUGGAGCCUCGCAAUCCGUCGGAUACUUCUGAUCCCUCCUUGUCCUCGUCUAGCAGCCAGUGGUCCUAUUCAUCGCUCCAGCCCACGAGGGAAGACCAAGAAACUUCCCACAACCACCCCAACGGACCGUCAAAUAAAUGUGGAGGUAGCCGUUGCUCCACCCCGGGGUCUGUGUUCUUGGAAGAUGAUGAGGAGAGGCUAAAUGGAACCACGGUUGAGCAUCACCACCCUUGGGGCCGAUCAGCGAGUGUCCCUGGGGAACCAACUGGAUCGUCAAUCAAGGGACAGUUGAGCUCAGACCAGAUACUAGAGAGAGAUUUCCAGCCUCUUAGUGCUGCUGCUAGUAUGGAUACUUUACUGGGAGAGCAGAGAGCAGUGGAUAGAGGUAACAUUGAGGAGAGUAUAGUAGGAGAGGACAUGAAGAGGUCCCCGUCGUCUAAGAACCAUCGCAGGAACCGCCGUCGCAACGAGCGAUUUGCGACCAACCUCCGUAAUGAGAUCCAGAGGAAAAAGGCCCAGCUUCAGAAGAGCCGGGGCCCAGGAGGGUUGCUCUGUAGUGGGGAAACUGUGAAGGAGGAGGACCUCAAUGAGGAAGGGGACGACCAAGACCUGCCUGUCCAGGAAAGGAUUACCAAAGUUGCAUUCGCCCGACCUGUUAGUCCCCAAAUAGAUGCCAUCACCACAGCACCGGUCGAGAAAGCAAGCGAUGUUUUGCAGGCUCAGUCCACAAGCUACACUCAAGACAACAACCUAUCCAGGUCCGUACAGAUUCUGGACCCAGGAGUGCCACAUUUUGGUGUUGGCGUCCGAGUGGUGGAGGAACCGGCUCCUGCUGGUAAAGCCCGUCGCUGGCGUUGGACCCCAGAGCACAAACUCCAACCGGAACCCGAAUCGGAACGACGGUGUAGAAUCUUGGAUAAGGAUCCGUUGGGACUCACAGGAUCACGGCAUGGGGUUUGUGCCUUCUCAUCUUCAUCCUCAUCCUCAUACACUCGCUCCUCUUCUCGGAAGGACGAGUCCGAAAUCCUUCCGUUUGCCGAUAGAAUGAAGUUUUUCGAGGAGACGAGCAAGAGUGUUUCCGGGCUUAACAUGUCGAGUCGGAGGCAGAAAAAACCCGUCCAACAAUCGGAGCACCAGGGAGGGGAGAUUGGUCAACACCCAACCCAGAGAAGAUACUCCUACCAGGGGGGACUUCUGCAGGAAAGCGACCUCCUUUCAAACUCUGUGGAGGCAAGGAGGCUUUCUAUGAGUACCAGCAGGGAGAGGCAGAAGGAGAAGGAGAGAGAACAAGCGAGGGAAAGGGAGGAGAGGGCAAGGGAACGAGGGAGGGAAGAGAGGCUGAGAGAAAGGGAGAGGGAUUUAGAAAUGGAGAUGGCAAGGCUGAGGGAGAGGGAACGAGAGGAGAGGGUGAGACAGUGGGAAAGGGAACGAGAGAGGGAGCUUGAGUUGGAGAGGGAGAAGGACAUAGAGAGGGCCAGAGAGCAGGAACGUCUCGAAAAAGAAAGAGAGGAAGAGCUGAAGAGGGAGAAGGAAAGGGAAGAUGCUCAGCUCAGCUCACAUCAGGAGUUAUAUGGCGUCAAAGACAGAAAUCAAGACUUCCAACACAUCUUCCAGCCAAAGCCUCAGACGUUCUCCCAUAGCCAAACCCAGAAUCAAGUCACUCGAUCGGCUUUCCAUCCCGUCAACACCCCAUCCCAGCCAAUGGAGAGCCAGCAACCACUUCAGCAGGGACACACAGCGAGGAGCUACACACCCACAGAGAUGUAUCCCGCCCGGCAACAGGAAGCGGCCAAGCUAAACAGGAAGUACAGCCUGACUGAGAGGGACUACUCCAGACCUCCAGAGAUCAACAGCCAGCUCCAUCAGGGUCAGAGGAGCCACAGGUCGUCCGAUGGAGAAGAUCGUAACGGAUUCUCCUUCCCACCUCCGUCGGCGCCUCUCUCUCUCCGAGGCCGAGCCAUGUCCGAAAACGACCUCCGCUUCGACAGCAACAACCAACGCUGGUCGCCCUCCAUUUCUGUGUCCGCCAGCCAGACGCUGAGCGAGGUGGAGGAGGGAGGAGGAGGAGGAGGAGGAGGAGGAGGAGGAGGAGUCAUGGGAGGAGAAACUGCUAACACUUCACGGAUGAACAGGAAGAAAACCCCGCCUCCACCGAGACCUCCACCCCCAAAAUGGGAGCAGUUUCACCGCAGACGGGCGUCUAGCCACAGCCUUUUCCCCGCCUCUCCUCAAUCCACCCCUUCAUCUUUAGACCCCGCCCACUCCUCUUCUUCAUGCAUCCUUCCACCUCCUCCUCCAACCGAUACGUCCAGACAGAGGUCCUUCAGUCUUCCUCCACAGAGGCAGGAAGUGUCCGAAAACUGCCCGAGAUGCAACUGCAGCCAAACCCAGGCACUCUCAUCCAAUUUUUUCAGUCCCCAGACUCGUUUUUCAGUGUUUUAUGAUCUUUUCGAUUAA